UUUCAAUCUAAGGCUAUGGUAAAAUAUUGAGUAUAGAGUGAUGCAGUGAAAUGGCACACUUACGGGAUAUUGGGGAGUGUCUCCGGAUAUCCGUGUCUCCUGCAAAGAAAGAGAGAGGGAGGGAAAGAGAGAAAGAGACAAAAGAGAGAGUUACACAGUGUGACUUCAUUUUUCAAAUUUCAAUUUCAUGACACUACUCCAGAGUGAGAGAGAGAGAAGAAGGCCCAAGGGAUAGGCUGAGUUUAGUAGUAUCUGUGGAUCA